GCAUGAGUGGCGGAGCUGCGGCAAGGCGGUGGGGUAAGUGUGGACAUUCCUGCAGUAGAGAGAGCAUCAUGGUGGCCUUCAAAGGAGUCUGGACUCAGGCUUUCUGGAAGGCAGUCGCAGCAGAAUUUCUAGCCAUGCUUAUCUUUGUUUUGCUCAGCGUGGGAUCCACCAUAAACUGGGGUGGCUCAGAAAACCCAUUGCCUGUGGACAUGGUCCUCAUCUCCCUUUGCUUUGGACUCAGCAUUGCUACCAUGGUGCAGUGCUUCGGCCACAUCAGCGGUGGCCACAUCAAUCCCGCUGUGACAGUGGCCAUGGUGUGCACACGAAAGAUCAGCAUCGCCAAGUCCGUCUUCUACAUCAUUGCACAGUGCCUGGGGGCCAUCAUUGGAGCCGGUAUCCUCUAUCUGGUCACACCUCCCAGCGUGGUAGGAGGACUGGGUGUCACCACGGUUCAUGGAAACCUCACCGCUGGCCAUGGGCUCCUGGUGGAGUUAAUAAUCACUUUCCAGUUGGUGUUCACUAUUUUUGCCAGCUGUGAUUCCAAACGGACUGAUGUUACCGGUUCAAUAGCUUUAGCGAUUGGAUUUUCCGUUGCAAUUGGGCAUUUGUUUGCAAUCAAUUAUACUGGAGCCAGCAUGAAUCCAGCUCGAUCCUUUGGACCCGCAGUUAUCAUGGGAAACUGGGAAAACCACUGGAUAUAUUGGGUUGGACCAAUAAUCGGCGCUGUGCUGGCAGGCGCCCUUUAUGAGUACGUCUUCUGUCCCGACGUGGAGCUCAAACGUCGCCUUAAGGAAGCCUUCAGCAAGGCUGCUCAGCAGACGAAAGGGAGCUACAUGGAGGUGGAGGACAACCGCAGCCAAGUGGAGACGGAAGACCUGAUCCUGAAGCCUGGGGUGGUGCACGUGAUUGACAUUGACCGCGGAGACGAGAAGAAGGGGAAAGACUCUUCCGGAGAGGUACUGUCUUCCGUAUGACUAGAGGACAGCACUGAAAGCAGAAGAGACUCCCUAGAACUGGCCUCAGGUUUCCUGCCGCCCGUUAAGGAAACGGAUCUGUUAUAAAUUAGACACUUGCGGUUUCUUGCUUCACAUCUUGUUAUACAGUUUAAAUAGCACAUGUUACUAUUAUCAGUGGUGGGGGGAAGAAGCCUAUAUAAUGGAUAUGAAAUUUUAAAACAGAAAUCUCUUUUAACAUAUCCCCAAAGCAAAUAUACAACUAGUGUAUUGACUUCCCUUUCAUUAAUAAUAACUGAAACUAUGAACCAAGAUCUGGUCAAGUCUUGCCUUACAGAGCAUAUGGACACCUCUGUGAGGACACUGGUAUUGACCAUUGUCACUAUUGACUUCACUGGAUUGAUUUAAAAAUGACAAAAUGUACUAUGUCACAGAAUCACAUGUAUUCAGGAGAAGUCACAGAGUAACUUCUUCCACAAGCUAUCCCCUAUUUACAAACUACCUCAGAGAGGAAAAAAAUUAGCAAGAAUCAUUGCUAAUAUGUCAUUUGUACAUAUUAUA